AUGCAUUUCGCUGCUUUGCUUCUGACUCCGGCUUUGGCCGCUGCAUCUUCUAGUAUCCCAUAUGAGCAGUAUAUUUUGGCUCCAAGGUCUCGCGACUUGAUCCCACCCUCUGUUCAUAGUGUCAAUGGCUCUGUAACUGGAGCGAAGUCUCUCACACAAUUGUCUGGCAGUGAAGCCACAUUCUAUGGCGUCUCAUCCGUGACCUACGACUUCGGCAAGAAUGUGGCAGGCCUCGUCUCUCUCGAUGUAGGCUCAUCCUCGUCGUCAUCUGCAUUCUUGGGUGUCACUUUCUCCGAAUCAAGUCUAUACAUCAGCAACCAAGCAAGCGAUGCCACCGCCGACGCUGGCUUGGAUACUCCUCUAUGGCUCAACGUCGGCAAGGGUGCCGGGAAGUAUACCCCCGAGGAGAAAUAUCUCCGGGGUGGAUUCCGGUACUUGACAGUCGUCAGUAACACCACAGCAACCGUACCGCUCAAGAGCCUUCGAGUGAAAUUCACCGCAGCCCCGGACCAGGACUUGCGCGCCUACACCGGGUAUUUCCACUCGGAUGACGAGCUCAUCAACAAGAUUUGGUAUGCCGGUGCAUACACUAACCAGCUGGCUACGGUCAACCCCAAGCAUGGAAACUCGCUCGUUCACCUUGGUACCAUCAACUCUGGAGAUUAUAUCCACCUUCCUCAGACUGAUACCUGGUGGAACAACUAUACCAUCACCAACGGGACCAGCACGAUCACCGACGGUGCCAAGCGUGACCGUCUUGUUUGGCCGGGUGAUAUGUCCAUUGCUCUCGAGAGUAUUGCUGUCAGUACUGGUGAUUUGUAUAGUGUCCGUACGGCCUUGGAAUCCUUGUUUGUCCUGCAAAAGUCUAAUGGACAACUUCCGUACGCUGGAAAGGGGUUCCGUGCGUCAGUGAGCUACACUUAUCACCUGCACAGUCUCAUUGGUGCCUCCUACUUGUACCGUUUCUCAGGCGACAAAGACUGGCUACUCAACCACUGGUCGCAGUACAAGCGCGGUCUGGAAUGGGCUAUCAGCAGUGUCGACGAGACCGGCUUGGCCAACAUUACCGCGUCAUCUGACUGGCUACGCUUUGGAAUGGGGGCUCAUAACGUCGAAGCAAACGCAAUUCUUUACUUUGUCCUCCAAGACGCCCAAGCCCUCGCAAUCGAACUAAAUGACAAGGCAGCCCUAACAAACUGGAGCAAAACAGCAAUAAACCUAAAGCUAGCCGCCAACCAAAGACUAUGGGAUGCCUCCAGCGGCCUCUACUUUGACAACGAAACAACAACAAUGCACCCCCAAGACGGCAACGCCUGGGCCAUAAAAGCAAACCUAACCCAAUCAACCGCGCAAGCCGUCCAAGUCUCAAACGCCCUAGCGUCGCGCUGGGGUAAAUACGGCGCACCAGCACCCGAAGCCGGCAAAACCGUCUCACCAUUCAUCAGCGGCUUCGAGCUUCAAGCCCACUAUCUAGCCAACAAACCCAACUCAGGCCUUGACCUGAUUCGUCUCGAGUGGGGAUUCAUGCUGAAUGAUCCGCGCAUGACACAAUCUACUUUCAUUGAAGGCUAUUCAACAGAUGGGUCAUUGCAUUACGCGCCAUAUACGAAUGACCCACGUGUUUCGCAUGCGCACGGUUGGUCGACUGGUCCGACAUACGCGCUUACGGCUUAUGCGGCUGGUAUUCAGCUCACUAGUGCGGGGGGCUCGACUUGGCUUAUUGCGCCUCAGGUAGGCAAUUUGACGUUUGUUGAUGCGGGCUUUGAGACUGCUAAGGGCAAGUUCUCGACUUCUUUCCGAGCUGGUGGGAAGGGUGUGGGCAAGUUUGCUUUUGUUACACCUGCCAAGACUACUGGUGACUUUGUGCUUGCUGGUGCUAAGGGGAGUCUGAUUUCUGAAGAUGGGCAGCGGGUUAAGCUUGUUGAUGGCAAGGCUAAUGGGAUGAAGGGUGGUAGUUGGAAAAUGAGGAGUGAGUAG